GAUCUGAAGAGAGCGUUGGGUCUUCCGGCGGCCACUUCUUUCAAACACGUGAGUCCUGCGGGCGCUGCCAUUGCUGUGCCCUUAAAUAGGGAACAAUUGAAGUUAUGUAUGGUUGAGGACCUGGAGAAGGAGUUGACCCCCAUUUCGACGGCUUAUGCACGCGCUCGAGGGGCUGACCGUAUGUCCUCUUUCGGCGAUUUUAUAGCCCUUUCGGAUACUUGUGAUGUGACGACCGCUAAAAUAAUAUCCCGGGAAGUGUCCGAUGGUAUCAUUGCUCCGGCAUAUGAACCGUCAGCUCUCGAGAUCCUCAAGAAGAAGAAGAACGGCGGGUAUUGUGUUCUUCAGAUUGACCCCAACUAUGAGUCACAGAAUAUCGAAACCCGAACUCUGUUUGGACUGACAUUAGAGCAGAAGAAAAACGAUGCGCUGAUCGACAGGAAGUUGUUUUCGGGCCCUAAUGUGGUCGCGUCGCCUAAACCGUUAACCGAAGACGCGGUUAGGGAUCUAAUUGUGGCGACAAUUGCUCUGAAGUACACUCAGUCUAACUCUGUGUGUUAUGCAAGAGAUGGUCAGGUGAUUGGUAUCGGCGCCGGGCAGCAGUCGCGCAUACAUUGCACGCGAUUGGCCGGCGAUAAGGCAGACAACUGGUGGCUCCGACAACACCCGAGAAUCACAAACGCCGUCUUCAAGAAAGGAGUGAAAAGGGCUGAGAUAUCCAAUUACAUAGAUGUCUACGUCAACGGAAGUGUUGGCAAAGAAAUGGAUUUAAAUCAAUGGAAGAAUGCCUUUGAAAACCCUCCGCCCCUUCUGACUGAUGAAGACCGCAGGGAAUGGAUAUCCAAACUGAAUGGAGUGGCUCUUAGUUCGGACGCAUUCUUCCCAUUCCGCGAUAACAUAGAUAGGGCGCGACAGUCAGGUGUGGACUUCAUCGCCAGUCCCGGCGGCUCCACAAACGACAGCUUAAUAGUGGAGGCCUGUAAUGCCCAUCAGAUGACUCUAAUCCACACGGGUCUCAGACUGUUCCACCACUAAAACCACUAAAUCUACAUUUUUACAAUCAUUUCAAAUAAAAUCUAAAAACAAGAAAUUUUUAAUUCAAACAAAACUAACACAAAUUUAUUCGAAACUAAAAUCAAAUCAUGAAUAAAAUGAAUAAAUUCUUUUAAUAUGGAAUAAAAAUGAUUAUGAAAUGUCACAAAAA